UGCCACUUCAAAUCGUAGAACCGCCAACGAAGACCAGCAGACGGUCUCUUAUCGUCGUCUUCAUCUUCAUUCAUUGCUGGUCCUCCAUUAUUGCAGAAUCUCUUUACUUUUUUCCAUCUCUUUAAGGAAAUCCGAUUGGAUCUCACGCAAAAACAUCAUCGCUCGAUUCCUCCGCAUUGGUUCUUCGGUGGAGCUGUUACUGCGGUAAGAGCGCGGAUCCGCGGCGGAGAUGGCUCCCAACGAUCCGACAACUGGCGCCGGAGGUGGCGGUUUCUUCGCUUCUAUUACUUCUACGAUCUCCAAUUUCGGAUCGGCCAUGAGCAAAUCAGUUAACGGUUUGAUGGGAUAUGAAGGGCUCGAAGUUAUCAAUCCUGAAGGAGGGACCGAAGAUGCGGAGGAGGAAGCAAGGAGAGGAAGAUGGAAGCAAGAGGACCGUGAUGGCUAUUGGAAGAUGAUGCAGAAGUACAUAGGAGCAGACGUUACAUCUAUGGUGACCCUUCCUGUGAUUAUUUUUGAACCCAUGACGAUGCUGCAGAAAAUGGCAGAGUUGAUGGAAUACUCACACCUGCUAGACAUGGCAGAUAAAACUGAGGACCCUUACAUGCGAUUGGUCUAUGCUUCAUCAUGGGCUAUAUCCGUCUAUUAUGCUUACCAACGUACAUGGAAGCCGUUCAAUCCAAUUCUCGGGGAAACUUAUGAGAUGACCAAUCAUGGUGGGAUCAGUUUCAUAUCUGAGCAGGUCAGUCAUCACCCUCCUAUGAGUGCCGGUCAUGCGGAAAACGAGCAUUUCGCAUACGACGUGACUUCGAAACUGAAAACGAAAUUCCUUGGCAAUUCGAUUGAUGUCUAUCCAGUGGGAAGGACAAGAGUGACGCUUAAAAGAGAUGGCGUGGUCCUUGACUUGGUACCUCCACCGACUAAGGUUCACAACCUAAUCUUUGGAAGAACUUGGGUUGAUUCACCUGGGGAGAUGAUCAUGACAAACCUAACCAGCGGUGAUAAAGCCGUGCUUUAUUUUCAACCAUGUGGCUGGUUCGGAGCUGGUCGAUAUGAGGUGGAUGGAUACGUGUAUAAUGCAGCAGAGGAGCCAAAGAUACUAAUGACCGGGAAAUGGAACCAGUCCAUGAGUUAUCAGCCAUGUGACAUAGAAGGUGAACCUCUCCCAGGCACUGAACUCGAAGAGGUCUGGAGGCUUGCUGAUGCACCAAAGAAUGACAAAUUCCAAUACACGCAAUUUGCUCACAAGAUCAAUAGCUUCGACACGGCCCCAAAAAAACUGCUGGCAUCUGACUCGCGUCUACGCUCCGACAGAUACGCACUCGAGAUGGGAGAUAUGUCCAAGUCCGGCUGUGAAAAGAGCAGCCUGGAGGAGAGACAGAGAGCUGAGAAGAGAGCCCGAGAAGAGAGAGGCCAUAAAUUCACCCCUAGAUGGUUCGAUAUAACGGAGGACAUCACUCCAACGCCAUGGGGCGACCUUGAAGUUUACCGAUACAACGGAAAAUAUGCAGAGCACCGAGCAGAUGCAGAUGCAGAUGCAGAUGGCAGUGAAGGUAACGCCGCCCAUGUGAAAUCUAUUCAGUUCAAUCCAUGGCAAUAUGAAGAUAUGGCUGCUUAGUCAGAGGAAGACCACAUUUUUUUUCCUUCUCAAAACCAUAUGAUAGGCUUUGUCUAGUUUUCAGUUACUAAAUAUUUUGUAUUCAUGUUGGAUAUUCAGAUCUAUAUUUAUUGAUUAUGAACAUAAUUGCUGUA